AUGGCUGCAUCCACCAUGUCCGUCUGCUCCAGCAACCUGAGCUAUGGCAGCCGGGUCUGCCUGCCUGGUUCCUGUGACUCCUGGAGUGACUCCUGUCAGGUGGAUGACUGCCCAGAGAGCUGCUGUGAGCCCUCCUGCUGCGCCCCCAGCUGCUGUGCCCCGACCCCCUGCCUGACCCUGGUCUGCAGCCCAGUGAGCUGUGUGUCCAGCCCCUGCCAACCAGUCUGCACCAGCUCCUGCACACCCUCCUGCUGCCAGCAGUCUAGCUGCCAGCCGGCUUGCUGCACCCCGUCCCCCUGCCAGCAGGCCUGCUGUGUGCCCGUGAGCUGCAAGCCUGUGUGCUGUGUGCCCGUCUGCUCUGGGGAUUCCUCUUCAUGCUGCCAGCGGUCUAGCUGCCAGCCGGCUUGCUGCACCCCGUCCCCCUGCCAGCAGGCCUGCUGUGUGCCCGUGAGCUGCAAGCCUGUGUGCUGUGUGCCCGUCUGCUCUGGGGAUUCCUCUUCAUGCUGCCAGCAGUCUAGCUGCCAGUCGGCUUGCUGCACCUCCUCCUGCUGUAGACCCUCCUCCUGUGUGUCCCUCCUCUGCCGCCCUGUGUGCAGACCUGCCUGCUGUGUCCCCACCUCCUCCUGCCAACCCAGCUGUCCCCGCCCAGCCUCCUGUGUGUCCCUCCUCUGCCGCCCGGCCUGCUCCCGUCCAGCCUGCUGCAGCCUCUCCUUGGGUCAGAAGUCCAGCUGUUGA